AUGUCUUGCGCCUGCGCUUCGUUUUCCUCAGCGACUGAGGCAACAUCUACACUGGUCGCCACUCCAUUCAGCAGGAAAGAGCGGAGACUUCGUAGAGACCAGAACGUAUACCAAACACCCAUGCUCUACAUCGCUCGUUUGCCUAUCACUCUCGCCUGCUCUGCCACAACGAUCAUCAUUAAGUCAGUCGUUCUCUCGUUUCUUGCGGGUGCUCUUCCCGCUGCUCAGGCUGCUCCGGACCAGCCGGUGUGUAUUGGUGACGGCGUAGAUGUUUCUUCUAUCGGCCUCUUUUCUAUUCUUGUUUUGUGUGGGACUACUGGACUACUACUAUGGUUAUUCUUUGCUAUUAUUCGCCCACGUUACCGCCAGGUAUACGGCCUGAGAGAGUGGUUUGUGCCGCAGGGCCUAAGACCCAAGCCUCUGAGCCGGUCACUCUUGGGUUUUCUCUUUCCUGAAACACCCCUCGUACCCAGAAUACCAACAAAUACCAACUCCUUCGGAAAGUCCGUGGCCCGGGACGCCGAGCCAUUCCUGUCGGACGAAGAACUCAGUCAACGAACCUUAUGGACUGCGAUCCUCAUUGUUUCAGUUUGGACGUUCCUUUCCCUGGCCGGGCUGCUCCCGCUGUACAUGGUAUCCACGCCGUGCUUGGCAGAAUCUGCCCCACCUGCAAGGUACAACGGAGUGUACUCGGCGCUGCAAGACCUCAGUUUGCUUAGGCUGCUGCAACUCCUCGAUAUGGGUAACGUGACCGCAACUGGGUGGUCUGCCUACGAGAUCAUCCAUGGUCAUGACGCUGCGCCGAACGCGCGGAUACGCGUCAUUAUACUCACCGUCUUCGCUAUAGUGCUGGCUUUGGCUCCUGCGCUGUUCCUCGUGGUCCGCGAGUUCAACAAGCUGGUGGGGAAUCGAGAGCGCUGGAUAAACGAAAAAUGUGAAGAUCAGGACAUGGGCUGGCUUAGUGCACGUCAAGGGCCGGGUUUCGUAGGCUGGGGUGAGAAACGUGUGAAGGACUUCCUCACCAAGUCGGGGCUUAGUUCAUCCUUGGAAACGAACGAAACGAAUAAUGGGCGGCCGAAUCGGCGACGCCGUAAUCAGGACGAGGAAGAGAAGGGGAAGCUCGAAAUUGAUAUCCAGGGCCUUUUCUCUAUCAGCGACACCACGACCCUGGCCCCUCUGAUAGAACAACGGGACGAAAUCCUGGAGAACCUCGAGAUUGCAGAGUCGAAGUACAUCCAAAGCUUCCGCCUCUCCACACCUGAUCCUUCAAUGGUCGAUUUUCAACCCACGCUUCCAGCAAUAUCAGAGGAUCCCAAUGUGCCCUUUAAGCCUAUAAUUAGUCGACCACGACCUCUUGCUCCCUCAGCGAGUCAACAUAGGCGACGGCGGGGCCACAAUCCCGCGAUUGGCUCAUCUUCGCUCCCUCCAACGUCGUACAUGAUGCCCUCACAAUUCUACAAAAUCCACGGUGUGCAAGGGAUCAGUAACGGACAAUUCACGAAUGUAGAUGAAGACAUUGUCUCUCCAGCUCGGGAGCCGACGCUGUCCGACUCUAUCAACCAGCGAGUGGUCGGCAGUCGAUUCCAAGAAGUGAACGGGAGCUCGUUGAAUUUCGACCACAUCCCCCUGGGAAGCCAGGUCACAGUCAACAAGGGUGGCCACCUUGAGCCGAUACGCAUUUUCGAGUCGCCAAUCCCCGACUCCGACCUUUAUGGUGAGCAUGACUCGUGGGAUACCGCCGCAUUCGGCGAGGGGUUGCCUUAUGGUCAGUGGCAUGCACACCAAUCUCAAGAUCCGAUCUUGAAUGAGUCGGAAGAAGACUGGGUGGAUGUGGGGAGUGAGGAUCCAGAGGCUUUCGACCAUGGCGAGGAAUACCCUGAGGAUACCCGAAGGAGGCCAAGGCCCCCUAGAAACGAAGACCAUCGAGAGACCUUCCCUCUGCGCAAGCGGAUUGUUGCAGUUGAUGAAGUCCCUCCUCACCUCCGGCUGCAGCCCCGCCAACCAUUUGUGCGGCCGCUAUCCGGGUUAGACCACGAAGCGCUCGGUGUCAUAUACACGGAUAUCAAUAUCUGGCGAUCAAAAUUGAAGUCUAUCAACCUGGACAUAUCAGAAGUGCAGCGCGAGAGCUAUAACGAUGUUGCAGAUGGCGCGAGAAUUAAAGGUUGGCUCUUGGUUGGCAGGGGCCUGAGGUUCCUGCCUGGCGUCCAACUGAUCGAGGGUAGGGCCAAGGAGGACAUCCGGUGGGACGAGCUCCAGAGUGAACGGGAUAUCUACAGCAAAGUAGCGUACUGGAUAACUGUGGUCAUGAUCACCAUUUUGCUUGGGAUUGGUUUGACCGCUGUGGCUGGACUUUACCUGAGUACAGCACCAAAUUAUGCGCAUUACCUCCCAUUCUUGCAACGACUUGGAGAAGGGAACAAGGUCGGUGGGGGUAUCGCCACAUGCCUGGCAUCAGCCCUUGCCGCCAUCCUAUUCACAACCCUCGCCCUCACGUUUGUGCACUAUGCCAACGAUCUCAACAGAUCCAUAUCUGUGUCUGCAAGCCGACUGUUCGGCUUCAAAACAAUAUUCUACAUACUCGCGCUGGUUCCUGGGAUCUGGCUCUUCACCGUCGGCUCCAUUCUUUUUGCGAUACACUCGUUCAGCAUACACCUGAGUGAGAGCGAGUCGGUGGGAAACGGCGUUAUCUACAUGAGCGCCUUCGCGCUAAUGCUUGUGCUCGCCGUCGCGGUGGGGUCCCCGGCAUUGCUCAUGCUGCAACCUCUGCGGUUUUGGCGUGUCAUCCGGACCGAGAAAUAUGCUGUUACUCCCCGUCAGCGCUUCCGAGCUGUGUAUCCGGGGGCGUACAAUCCGUCAUAUGCAUUGAGCUGCAGCGUGAUCGCCAUUAUGUACGCUUCUGCGUUUUCGCUUAUCUUCCCUCUGGUAGCUCCGGCGGCGCUCCUGUUGCUAUUGCUCACUCUCGUUGCUCACCGUUUCCUGGUCGGAUACGUGUACGGCAGAACAUUAUCGCAAACCGGGGGUCUCCUUCAGAUAUGGCUUGUCCGUCGGACUGGCACACUCCUCGCGUUCCAGCCACUCAUCCUCGGUCUUAUCUUACUAAGCAGGCGUCUAUGGGUUGAAGGCGGUAUCUUGUGCGGCGUAGCGCUAUUUGUCCUGGCGUUUGUCGAAGGUUACUGUACCUGGCGAACUCGACAGCCCGGACGGGACUCGUUGACAGCCAUCACUCUCGAUUCCUUGGAGAAGUUCACGAGGGCCGCAAGGCCAGGGGCGGAACGGGCCAUGGAUCAAGAGAGCACGAGUCUCGUGAGCUCUGCUCGGAAUACGAGGACGCGUGGAUCAUACGCGUCCAUACUCGACAUGAUGUCAAUGACAUUGGCGGUCGCGCCGUCUCCUUCUGAAACAAGGGGACCAGUGCCACUGGAUACCGAGACGCUCGACGAUCUCACUGCGACCGAGCGCGCGGCGCGCACACACCCGGAUGCGCCACCACACCUCCCUCCACUGCCCUUUGCAGACCAUGCCGAAGAGAUGGCGGGGAUGCUUUAUGCUCCCGAGCUGCUUGCCCCGCCGCCGGUCAUUUGGUUGCCCAAUGACGUCGGUGGUGUCGGCCGCUCGGAGGCGUACGACCUGCAGCGUCACCACGACCUCCGCGUCACCCUCGACGUGCGCGCAAAAGAAGACGCGGCCUCACGGCGGUCGUCUGUUCGCAGGGUCCAUGUAAACGACUCGUGA